CGGCAGCAAAAAGGCUGAUAUUUUAGUCUGCGCUUUACGCGGGAAGUAUCCUCGCUCUGUAAACGUUAAGGAGCAAAAUCUGGGCUAUAGACUAGGAUAUUCCUUGCAGCAAAAUUUAGUUUGUGAAAAGCUGCUUAAUUUGUAUCGGAUGCCUGAUUGCUAUUAUGGGAAUGAUUUCCGAGAUGGAGUCAGUGCGAACAUUCUGUAUUAUUGUUUUGGCGGUUGUGCUCCCAUUGGGCGUCUUCGUAGCCUUGGUCACUCUUCCGGUCUUCCACUGGCUACCACCUGGAGUAAUCUUUUCCAGCCUCGAGCACACAGACAUACAAGGCGACAACACGAAUCGACAUUCUUCAUGGGGCUAUGGAAUAAUUCAGUCAGUUAAAGAGCUGCUUCCGAAGGAAUGGGGGAAAAAGUAUGUCGAUUGCGACGGCAGUCAUCAAUCACCAAUUAAUUUCGACAGCCGGUACAUAGUUAACAAUUCGCUGCUGACGGAAGUCGAGUUCAUCAAUUACGCUCAAAGACCAAGAGACAGUAUAUGGACGGCUACCAACAAUGGGCACACCGUUCAAUUCACUGCCGAUUUUGAUGCUGUUCCAUACGUUACCAGCGGAGGAUUGGAAAAUGGAAAAUAUUAUUUUCGACAGUUUCAUUAUCAUUGGGGAUCCAAUGACAGCUAUGGGUCAGAGCAUGCCAUAAACGGACGGCGAUUCCCAAUAGAGUUGCACUUGGUACAUGUCCGGAACGCCAGUGAUUCCAGUCCGUAUAAAGUGGCAGUGGUUGGCAUCUUUGCAGAUGUUGUAGAUGACAAUGUCAAUCGCACCGAAGAGCAGGAAAAGCUGCAGGAAAUACGCAGCAUGGUGGAAGCCGCUCAGUCGGUUCGGGAAAGUGGAUCCACGAAACAAGUAUAUGUGCCUGGAUUCACACUUCUAAAAUUUUUGCCCAAAAAGCGACAAUUUUUUCGGUAUUAUGGCUCUUUAACGACGCCCCCUUGCACCCAGUUGAUUCAGUGGACAGUAAUGGCAAAUCCUAUCAAGAUUUCAAAAACAAUGCUAAAAAUUUUUCGGCAAGUGAUUGCCCAUUCACCACCUGAGCUUGUUACCAACUCUGAUCAUGAUCCCCACUGGUUAAACCGGGAUGAGGAGAAGUUUUUGGUGAACAACUUUCGACCGAUUCAAAGCACCAAAGGCAGAGUGAUAAAUUAUUUUGCCGGUUGAGUUCGCGAUUUCUAUCCGUAAGAUCGACUGAGCCGCUGAUCACCAUUAACGACUCCGAAUAAAUAUCAGGGAGAAAUGACGUUAAGCGAUUAAAUAUCUGACCAGAUCAGUGAUCUCUCGUACAUUCUAUCAAAAACUCUGUGAUAUAAUAGAAAAAAAAGCCGAUGCCCCAUUUUAUGGCCUUACAAUUGUUAGAUCUUGUAGUUGUUGUUGUGUGUGUGCUCACUUACCACUAAGAAUUUAUUUGAUUAUAGACUUUAUCUAGAGUAGUAAAAAGUGCAGAAAGAGUGUGGAUGAUCGCGCUUUGCAUAAUGCCUAU